AUGGAUGUAGAUGUAGAUGUAGAUGUAGGCACUGUGCAGGAUGGUGGUAGCUUCACGAUGUUACCCUACUUCCUCAGUCAAGUUUUUGAUGACGCAGACGGCAAAAGAAAGAGCCUUGCGAAGAAGUUUAUUGAAGAGCCUCCUGAAUCGAGGGCGCACAAUAUCAUGACGGUGGCGCGAGACGGUAUUGCAGUUGUUAUGAAUGACUUCGCACUAGAUAUAAUUUCAUUGGGAAAGGAGACACGACUCAGCAUUCAGGUCAUUGAAGAGCCUCUGCGCACGAUCUACACGUCAUUUGUGGUUCCACGGCGAUCUCCUUUUGUUGACGCCAUCAACAUAGCCACUUUGCGCUUGACGCAAUUUGGCAUACUUCCAGAUCCAAAGAUAUACUUUAAGACCAUUCUUGAGCAUAACCCAUCCGCGAUCAACCACCUCCGGAAGCCACUAUUUCAAGACACAACAGCAAGAUCAUUCAACAUCAAUGAUCUCAAAACCGUUCUCUACGUUCUAGCAUUUUGUCUCUCACUUGCUAGCCUAGUGCUAAUAUUAGAACUUUUAUCAGUCAAGCACUUUUGGCAGAUAAUGACACGGAGGAUUCGCUUUUAA